GCUCUGUCUCCGUCUCCUCUGGCUACAGUAUCUCCAACUCAGUCUCCGUCACCGCAUCCGCCAGUCUCACUGUUGUCGAGAGCCUCCUCUCGAUGUCUCUCUCCGUUUCAUACUCGGAGACUUGGACCACCUCUCAAACUCAAACCCUGACCUUCACGGUUCCCGAUGGAAAGCACGGUGUCAUUGUCAGUGAGCCCUACGUCCGCCGCGUGCAGGGCUUCAUGCUGGAGGGCUGCAGCGACGACUGGAAGAAGACCAGCUUCAUGUCGGAUACCUACUCAAGCCAGAGCUAUGGCGACAUGCAGUGGGUCAGGGGAGUCAUUCGUCUCUGCAGCAGCGAUACCUACCCUAUCCCCUACUGCGUUGGUACUGGCCAGCACGAAUAAGCAGUACGCC